CCAGAGUGUCCCAUGGCCACGAGGGAACAUCAACAGCGUCACCCGCAGAAAACGACAUCGUCUUUCAGCUCCUCCCGCUUAUUCAUCUUUCUUCUUUGCCUGGGCACGCUGUUCCUGGGCUUUUCUCUCUUCAAAACCUCCCCGAGAGAACAACGACUACAACCAGAGCAGAAAACUGAAACGACAUCGUCUGAAACCAACGGUGGAGCAUCUACCACGAACUCGAACUCAGCCUGUGACUACUCUGACGGCCGGUGGAUCUACGAUCCGAAGGCUGAUAAAUCAUUGCGAUACGAUCAAACUUGUAAGGAGAUAUUCAAAGGGUGGAAUUGUAUUGGCAGUAACAAAUUCAAUGCAUUUGAAGUUGUCAAAUGGCGUUGGAAACCCUACCACUGUGAGCUUCCUCAGUUCGAUCCUCUUCUCUUCCUCAAACGCUUUGCCAACGCUAAUAUUGGGUUUGUGGGUGAUUCUUUGAAUAGGAACAUGUUUGUUUCACUUUUUUGCACUUUGAGACGAACUUCAAGCGAGGUAAAAAAGUGGCGCCCAGCUGGAGCUGAUCGUGGCUUCACCUUUCUCAACUACAAUCUUACAAUUUCAUAUCACCGUACAAACCUUUUGGCUCGUUAUGGUAGGUGGUCGGCAAAUACCAAUGGUGGUCUGCUAGAAUCUCUUGGAUACAAGGAAGGUUAUAGGAUUGAUGUUGAUAUACCAGAAGGGACGUGGGAGGAAGCUCUAAGUUUUCAUGACAUUCUUAUCUUCAAUACUGGACAUUGGUGGUGGGCUCCUGCAAAGUUUGACCCUGUGAGAUCACCCAUGCUCUUUUUUCAAAAGGGCACACCUGUGAUGCCUCCAGUUACUCCUGAUGUUGGCCUUGAUAUGGUCUUAAAAAACAUGAUUCCACUUGUCCAGAAAAGAAUCCAACCUGGCGCUACUCUAUUUUUUCGAACACAAUCCCCAAGACAUUUUGAAGGGGGUGACUGGGACCAGGGUGGUUCCUGUCAACGUUCGCAGCCUUUGUCGCCUCAAGAAGUUGAAGAAUUUUUCUCCGUCAAGAAGAAUGGAACCAAUGUGGAGGGGCGCCUUGUGAAUGAACAUCUAUACAAUGCCCUCAAGGGCUCUGAUUUUCACAUCUUGGACAUAACCCACAUGAGCGAGUAUAGAGCUGAUGCUCAUCCGUCCACUGCCGGUGGGAAGAAACAUGACGAUUGCAUGCACUGGUGCUUACCAGGCAUUACAGAUACUUGGAACGACUUAUUUGUAGAACGUCUAAACAACAUGAAGAGUAGAAGUUAGAGAAAUAGUGAGGGGGCUAUUCAUUUUUUAAUUGAAAUUGCUCUCUUCUUGUAAUUUAGGAUUAAGGUUUCAUAGGUCGAGGAACCUCCCUAGGAUUUGAUUGCCGUGUGUUGUCUAGAAAGCAUAUUCAUCUUCUGUAUUCUAUGAGAUGGAAGUGAAUUGAUGGAACCAUGUUACUUCAGCGUUAAUGGAAAUUUUGAGCUA